AUGACCAUGGGCAAGGUACGUGGCAUUUCAACUAUUUUCUUAAUCAUUCUAACUAAAUGACUGCUUUUGAUAUGUGUUUACUGUACCUUACUGCUGCAAUAGUUGUUGUAUCACAUUCUUACAACUUGUCUUGCAGAUCAUCUUCUAUGAGGACAAGAACUUCCAGGGACGUUCUUACGAGACCAGCAAUGACUGCCCUGAGCUGACUUCCCACCUGAGCAGGUGCAACUCCUGCAGGGUUGAGAGCGGCUGCUUCAUGGUCUAUGAGCGGCCCAACUUCAUGGGACACCAGAUGCUGGUCAGAAGAGGAGAGUACCCCGACAACCAGCAUCUAAUGGGCAUGACCCAGAGUGACUGCAUCAGGUCCAGCCAUAUGAUCCCCAUGGUAAGGAGAAGAGAGCAUUUCUUCCUUUAAAUUACAAAGCAGGCUUCUUAAAAUGUCAGACCUUGGAAUUAAUGCAAAUUGUUUUAAAUUCUCCACCAACAGCACAGAGGCUCCUACAGAAUGAAGAUCUACGAGAAGGAGAACUUUGGAGGUCAGAACAUGGAGCUGAUGGACGACUGUGACUCCAUCCAGGAUCGUUACCACAUGUCCGAUUGCCAGUCUGCCCAGGUUAUGGAUGGCCACUGGCUGAUGUUUGAGCAGCCCCACUUCAGAGGCAGAAUGAUGUACAUGAGGCCCGGAGAGUACAGGAGCUUUAGGGAUAUGGGCGUGGGUGCCAAGGGCAUGAGGUUCAUGAGCAUGAGGCGUAUCACUGACAUGUGCUAAAUCAUCUGAUUGUCAAUAGAAAAAAUAAACACUAUCUACCAGUAUGUCUUACUCAUUACAUACCCCCUCUUCAGUCUGAAAUAUUACUUUCAUUUUAUAAUAUAUUACAUCAUAAGACAUACUAUACAGUGUUGAUCUGUGCAUAUCAAAAUGUCCUAAAAACAGCCAUUAGACGUUCAAGCACCAUUGCUAUCAAAUAUUAUGUAAAAAAAAAUAUAUGUUGGUAAUAAAAUAUAAAACUGUAAACCUAAAAGUGCAAUACAAUCACUAGCUGUAGCGUGUGCUAAAAAUAUGUCUUAAAAGGAUCAUCAGAUAGCAUUCCAUGUUUAUGGGUUAUUAUUUCCAAGGGAUGGCAGAAAGAGAAUAGGAAGGUUCCAAGCACUGAACCUUGCAGAACACCAAAUUCUGGACCCUUAUUGUUCUCCCUACAUAUGCUAAGCCUUGGAAACAUUACACAUUUCCAUUUGUGUCUUGAAGGCUAAGUGCAUAGUCUAAUAAUCCGAGUCAACAGUUUCCUUGAAAAAAAUAAAUGUAAUUCAAAAAUGCAUUUUAAAAAAGAGCUACAAAUUAAAAUAUUUAACAAGAUCCAUGAUGCGUCUAACAGAACUAUGUCUCAAUCCGUUGCUUUCCAUCUCCCUGAGGUUCCUGUACUCUCCGGGCCUCAUGUACAUCAUCCUGCCUCUGAAGCAGGGACACUGCUCGUACAUGAGCCAGUGUCCCUCCAUGACCUGGGCAGACUCACAGUUGGCCAUGCGGUAACACUCCUGGAAGGACUCACAAUCCUCCAUCAGCUCGUUCAUCUGACCUCCGAAGUUCUCCCUCUCGUAGACCCUCAUCCUGAAGGAUCCUCUGUGCUAUUGUGGAGAAAAAUGUUCCUUCAUAUUCAAGUGUAUCUGUCUAGUCAUCAAUAGCUCCUCACAGCAUCCAUUGUGACAUGAAUUAUAGACAUUUGGAGAUGGGGAUUUCCCUAAAGCAAAUCACAUUAGUUCAUGAAACACCACAAGGAAGCCAAACCUAAAUUACCAGUCAAAAGUUUGGACACACCUACUCAUUAAAGGGUUCUUUAUUUCUACUAUUUUCUACAUUGUAGAAUAAUAGUGAAGACAUCAAAACUAUGAAAUAACACAUAUGGAAUCAUGUAGUAACCAAAAAAUUCUUAAACAAAUCAAAAUAUAUUUGAGAUUUGAGAUUCUUCAUAGUAGCCAACUUUUGCGUUGAUGACAGCUUUGCACACUCUUCGCGUUCUCUCAACCAGCUUCACCUGGAAUGCUUUUCCAACAGUCUUGAAGGAGUUCCCACAUAUGCUGAGCACUUGUUGGCUGCUUUUCCUUCACUCUGCGGUCCAACUCAUCCCAAACCAUCUCAAUUGGGUUGAGGUCGAGUGAUUGUGGAGCCCAGGUCAUCUGACGCAGCACUCCAUCAAACUCCUUCUUGGUCAAAUAGCCCUUACACAGCCUGGAGGUGUGCUUUGGGUCAUUGUCCUGUUGAAAAACAAAUGAUAGUCCCACUAAGCGCAAACCAGAUGGGAUGGCGUAUCGCUGCAGAAUGCUGUGGUAGCCAUGCUGGUUAAGUGUGCCUUGAAUUCUAAAUAAAUCACUGACAGUGUCACCAGCAAAGCAGUGACACACCAUCACACCUUCAGUGACACACCAUCACACCUUCUCCUCCAUGCUUCACAGUAGGAACCCCACAUGCGGAAAUCAUCCGUUCACCUACUCUGUGUCUCACAAAGACGGCGGUUGUAACCAAAAAUCUCAAUUUGGUCUCAUCAGACCAAAAGAACACAUUUCCACCGGUCCAAUGUCCAUUGCUCGUGUUUAUUGGCCCAAGCAAGUCUCUUCUUCUUGGUGUCCUUUAGUAGUGUUUUUUUUGCAGCAAUUUGACCAUGAAGGCCUGAUUCACACAGUCUCCUCUGAACAGUUGAUGUUGAGAUGUGUCUGUUACUUGAACUCUCAAGUAUUUAUUUGGGUGUCAAUUUCUGAGGCUGGUAACUCUUAAUGAACUAACUCUGGGCCUUUCCUGUGGUGGUCCUCAUGAGAGCCAGUUUCAUCAUAGAGCUUGAUGGUUUUUGCGACUGCACUUGAAGAAACUUUUAAAGUUCUUGACAUUUUGCGGAUUGACUGACCUUCAUGUCUUAAAGUAAUGAUGGACUGUCCUUUCUCUUUUUCGCUGUUCUUGCCGUAAUAUGGCUUUUACCAAAUAGGGGCAUCUUCUGUAUACCACCCCUACCUUGUCACAACACAACUGAUUGGCUCAAACACAUUAACUUUUAACAAGGCACACCUGUUAAUUGAAAUGCAUUCAAGGUGACUACCUCAUAAAGCUGGUUGAGAGAAUGCCAAGAGUGUGCAAAGCUGUCAUCAAGGCAAAGGGUGGCUUUGAAGAAUCUCAAAUAUAAAAUAUAUCUUGAUUUGUUCAAUACUUUUUUGGUUACUACAUGAUUCCAUUUGUGUUAUUUCAUAGUUUUGAUGUCUUCACUAUUAUUCUACAAUGUAUAAAAUAGUAAAAAUAAAGAAAAACCCUUGAAUGAGUAGGUGUGUCCAAACUUUUGACUGGUACUAUAUAUAUAUAUAUAUAUAUAUAUAUAUAUAUAUAUAUAUCUCCAUAGGCAUGUAGUCGGAGUACUCUCCCCUCCUCAGAAAGAACUGGUUUCCCAUGAAGUUGGAAAGGUUGUAUACCAUGAAGCAUCCAGUUGCAGCGACUCAGGUGGGGUGACAUAUCAGAGCAGUCGCUCAUGCACUCAUAAGAGCGGCCCUGGAUGUUGUCCUCGUAGAAGAUUACACACAUCAAAUGUUCAAUUCACUUUCUCAAGUCAUUUGCUGAAUUUCAGUGAAGUUUUGUUACAAAUACACAGGAUUAGUGACACUAAGCCUUUGCUUUCAUCAUACCCUACUAUUAAGCAAUAAGGCCCUAGGAGGUGUGGUACAUGGCCAAUAUACCAUGGCUAAGGGAUGUUCUUAUGCAGACGCAACGCGGAGUGCCUGGAUACAGCCCUUUUCCAUGAUGUGUAUUUAUUUUUAUUUUUUUCCCCUUUAUUUAACCAGGUAAGCCAGUUGAGAACAAGUUCUCAUUUACAACUGCGACCUGGCCAAGAUAAAGCAAAGCAGUGUGAUAAAAACAACAACACAGAGUUACAUAUGGGGUAAAAUAAAACAUAAAGUCAAAAAUACAACAGAAUAUACAGUGGGGGAAAAAAGUAUUUAGUCAGCCACCAAUUGUGCAAGUUCUCCCACUUAAAAAGAUGAGAGAGGCCUGUAAUUUUCAUCAUAGGUACACGUCAACCAUGACAGACAAAUUGAGAAAAAAUAAUCCAGAAAAUCACAUUGUAGGAUUUUUAAUGAAUUUAUUUGCAAAUUAUGGUGGAAAAUAAGUAUUUGGUCACCUACAAACAAGCAAGAUUUCUGGCUCUCACAGACCUGUAACUUCUUCUUUAAGAGGCUCCUCUGUCCUCCACUCAUUACCUGUAUUAAUGGCACCUGUUUGAACUUGUUAUCAGUAUAAAAGACACCUGUCCACAACCUCAAACAGUCACACUCCAAACUCCACUAUGGCCAAGACCAAAGAGCUGUCAAAGGACACCAGAAACAAAAUUGUAGACCUGCACCAGGCUGGGAAGACUGAAUCUGCAAUAGGUAAGCAGCUUGGUUUGAAGAAAUCAACUGUGGGAGCAAUUAUUAGGAAAUGGAAGACAUACAAGACCACUGAUAAUCUCCCUCGAUCUGGGGCUCCACGCAAGAUCUCACCCCGUGGGGUCAAAAUGAUCACAAGAACGGUGAACAAAAAUCCCAGAACCACACGGGGGGACCUAGUGAAUGACCUGCAGAGAGCUGGGACCAAAGUAACAAAGCCUACCAUCAGUAACACACUACGCCGCCAGGGACUCAAAUCCUGCAGUGCCAGACGUGUCCCCCUGCUUAAGCCAGUACAUGUCCAGGCCCAUCUGAAGUUUGCUAGAGUGCAUUUGGAUGAUCCAGAAGAGGAUUGGGAAAAUGUCAUAUGGUCAGAUGAAACCAAAAUAGAACUUUUUGGUAAAAACUCAACUCGUCGUGUUUGGAGGACAAAGAAUGCUGAGUUGCAUCCAAAGAACACCAUACCUACUGUGAAGCAUGGGGGUGGAAACAUCAUGCUUUGGGGCUGUUUUUCUGCAAAGGGACCAGGACGACUGAUCCGUGUAAAGGAAAGAAUGAAUGGGGCCAUGUAUUGUGAGAUUUUGAGUGAAAACCUCCUUCCAUCAGCAAGGGCAUUGAAGAUGAAACGUGGCUGGGUCUUUCAGCAUGACAAUGAUCCCAAACACACCACCCGGGCAACAAAGGAGUGGCUUCGUAAGAAGCAUUUCAAGGUCCUGGAGUGGCCUAGCCAGUCUCCAGAUCUCAACCCCAUAGAAAAUCUUUGGAGGGAGUUGAAAGUCCGUGUUGCCCAGCGACAGCCCCAAAACAUCACUGCUCUAGAGGAGAUCUGCAUGGAGGAAUGGGCCAAAAUACAGGCAACAGUGUGUGAAAACCUUGUGGAGACUUACAGAAAACGUUUGACCUGUGUCAUUGCCAACAAAGGGUAUAUAACAAAGUAUUGAGAAACUUUUGUUAUUGACCAAAUACUUAUUUUCCACCAUAAUUUGCAAAUAAAUUCAUUAAAAAAUCGUACAUUGUGAUUUUCUGGAUUUUUUUUCCUCAUUUUGUCUGUCAUAGUUGACGUGUACCUAUGAUGAAAAUUACAGGCCUCUCUCAUCUUUUUAAGUGGGAGAACUUGCACAAUUUGUGGCUGACUAAAUACUUGUUUUCCCCACUGUAUAUACAGUGUGUGCAAAUGUAGCAAGUUAUGGAGGUAAGGCAAUAAAUAGGCUAUAGUGCAAAAUAAUUACAAUUAGUAUUAACACUGGAAUGAUAGAUGUGCAAGAGAUGAUGUGCAAAUAGAGAUACUGGUGUGCAAAUGAGCAAAAUAAAUAACAAUAUGGGGAUGAGGUAGUUGGGUAGGCUAAUUUCAGAUGGGCUGUGUACAGGUGCAGUGAUCGGUAAGGUGCUCUGACAACUGAUGCUUAAAGUUAGUGAGGGAGAUAAGAGUCUCCAGCUUCAGAGAUUUUUGCAAUUUGUUCCAGUCAUUAUGCAGCAGAGAACUGGAAGGAAUGGCGGCCAAAGGAGGUGUUGGCUUUGGGAAUGACCAGUGAGAUAUACCUGCUGGAGCGCAUACUACGGGUGGGUGUUGCGAUGGUGACCAAUGAGCUAAGAUAAGGCGGGGACUUGCCUAGCAGUGAUUUAUAGAUGGCCUGGAGCCAGUGGGUUUGGCGACGAGUAUGUAUUGGCCAUAUACCACAAACCCCCAAGGUGCCUUAUUGCUAUCAUAAACUGGUUACCAACGUAAUUAGACCAGUAAAAUAUUUUUGGAUCCUACCCAUGGUAUACGGUCUGAUACACCACGGCUUUCAGCCAAUCAGCAUUCAUGGCUCGAACCACCCGGGUUAUAAUAUGCAAUAAACUAUGAUGAUCUAACUAUCAAUUUUUCCCUACAGUGAGGGAAAAAAGUAUUUGAUCCCCUGCUGAUUUUGUACGUUUGCCCACUGACAAAUAAAUUAUCAGUCUAUAAUUUUAAUGGUAGGUUUAUUUGAACAGUAAGAGACAGAAUAACAACAAAAUCGAGAAAAACACAUGUCAAAAAUGUUAAAUUGAUUUGCAUUUUAAAUGAGGGAAAUAAUUAUUUGACCCCCUCUCAAUCAGAAAGAUUUCUGGCUCCCAGGUGUCUUUUAUACAGGUAACGAGCUGAGAUUAGGAGCACACUCUUAAAGGAAGCAAUCAAUCAAUCAGAUUCCAAAAACUCUCCACCAUGGCCAAGACCAAAGAGCUCUCCAAGGAUGUCAGGGACAAGAUUGUAGACCUACACAAGGCUGGAAUGGGCUACAAGACCAUCGCCAAGCAGCUUGGUGAGAAGGUGACAACAGUUGGUGUGAUUUUUUGCAAAUGGAAGAAACAAAAUAACUGUCAAUCUCCCUCGGCCUGGGGCUCCAUGCAAGAUAUCACCUCGUGGAGUUGCAUUGAUCAUGAAAACGGUGAGGAAUCAACCAAGAACUACACAGGAGGAUCUUGUCAAUGAUCUCAAGGCAGCUGGGACCAUAGUCACCAAGAAAACAAUUGGUAAAACACUACGCCGUGAAGGACUGAAAUCAUGCAGCGCCCGCAAGGUCCCCCUGCUCAAGAAAGCACAUAUACAUGCCCGUCUGAAGUUUGCCAAUGAACAUCUGAAUGAUUCAGAGGAGAACUGGGUGAAAGUGUUGUGGUGAGAUGAGACCAAAAUCUAGCUCUUUGGCAUCAACUCAACUCGCCGUGUUUGGAGGAGGAAUGCUGCCUAUGACCCCAAGAACACCAUCCCCACCAUCAAACAUGGAGGUGGAAACAUUAUGCUUUGGGGGUGUUUUUCUGCUAAGGGGACAGGACAACUUCACCGCAUCAAAAGGGACGAUGGACGGGGCCAUGUACCGUAAAAUCUUGGGUGAGAACCUCCUUCCCUCAGCCAGGGCAUUGAAAAUGGGUUGUGGAUGGGUAUUCCAGCAUGACAAUGAUCCAAAACACACGUCCAAGGCAACAAAGGAGUGGCUCAAGAAGAGGCACAUUAAGGUCCUGGAGUGGCCUAGCCAGUCUCCAGACCUUAAUCCCAUAGAAAAUCUGUAGAGGUAGCUGAAGGUUCGAGUUGCCAAACGUCAGGCUCGAAACCUUAAUGACUUGGAGAAGACCUGCAAAGAGGAGUGGGACAAAAUCCCUCCUGAGAUGUGUACAAACCUGGUGGCCAACUACAAGACACGUCUGACCUCUGUGAUUUGCCACCAAGUACUAAGUCAUGUUUUGCAGAGGGGUCGAAUACUUAUUUCCCUCAUUAAAAUGCAAAUCAAUUUAUAACAUUUUUGUCAUGCGUUUCUGGAUUUUUUGUUUGUUAUUCUGUCUCUCACUGUUCAAAUAAACCUACCAUUAAAAUUAUAGACUGAUCAUGUCUUUGUCAGUACAAAAUCAGCAGGGGAUCAAAUAGUUUUUUCCCCUCACUAUCUUUAUCCCAUUUCAAGCUGUCUGCAGUACUUUUCCAUUAGCUGAAUCCGUGAUUGUGCUGCGUUAGAGGACUGACAGGUUGACCCAGAGCUGGCUGAUAUGUAUGUACCUUGUUUGAUGUUCUUUGUGGGAUUCUGUCCAACGACCUGCGGCUGCCAGUGGGCUUUUAUACUUUAUACGCACCGUAAUGGGGUUUUGUUAUUCACAUUUUCUGGAACCUGAUGAAUAAGCAGGUCUGCAAUCACUGUUCAUUUCUUUGCGCUAUCACGACUCUUGAAAAAAGUUAAUAUUCUGUUAACUAAUACUCAAAUAAUGUUGUUGAUUCAUCCUAUACUCGUAUUUGUGGCAAAAACAUAAAAAAAUAAAAUAAUAAACACCUGAAACUUGUAUCUCAAACAGACCAUUUAAAAAAUGCUUGCUAUUUCCUCAUAUUUGUAUGAUAUCAUACUCUGAGGAGGAUGAGCUGGCCAAUUAGCGGUCUACUUGCAUGAAUAUUUUUUAUGACAGGUAUACGUCCACACCAUUCUGUUGUUGGGGAACGCCCACACCAUUUCAAGACAGAAAAGCUGCUUAUUAACAUACUUAAUAAAAAAGAAUUGGAAGGAAAACUGUAGGUCAUAUUUCAUAGAAAUCUGGAAACACUGGACAGUUACUACCCUUUUUGAAUGCCGUACAAAAGCACAAAAUGAUGGUAUUUAUGAAAUAUGAUAAUAAAAUCGGCUCAUUUCGGGAAUGCGAGUUUAAAACAUUGAUCCGUCAAUAUCACAUUGAAUUUAUUGCUCUCCUUCGAGAGAGACUUGUCUAUAAAAUACAAACGUCAGUCCCAUUUCCCACAAUAAGUGAGCCUAAUAUGUGGGAACUGACAUUAUGCAAAUCAUUGUUUUACGCCAUUGUCUAUGUUUGUGUUGUUUGUUUACAAAGACUCACAUGACAAGUAUAGUUUCAAAACGUUCAAAGCUAUCAUUUCAAUCUCAUGGACAGUCAAACCUUGCAUACAUAGCUCUGUUGAUACAUUUCCCCCAUACAAAGCCAAGUGGUGGGAUUGCCGUUGGGCUGAAACAAACAAACAAACAAACUCAGGAUUGUGGCUUCAAUCAAGGGCAUGCUUCAAAGCACCAACAGCGGUUCAAGAGAUUAAGGGGCUCAGCCUUUACAAAAAUGUUUCUAUAAGUUAAUGUAUUGAAGAACGUAGGCUUUAGCUCAGCAAGCUUAUACACUCCUGUGGUGCUCAGGAGAUCCAGGUUCGAACCUGGAUGGGCCUCGUUGUGAAGGAGGUCAAAGGGGGUUGAAGUGGAGCGGAGGUGGUUCAAUAAAGGUCACUCAUAGAUUUUUGCCUGAGACCUAAAGAUUUCACUUAGCUCGCUGAAGUAACACUGGCUUGUAGGGGACCCACAUAGCAGAAUCACAACUAUUAAAUCAACACAGUGUUAAAUGUAAUACUCAAAAGUGUAUAUAUAGUGCCAUACCACAGACUUAAUUUUACUGUUUCUGUCACUGGCCAACAAUAUUUGUUGAAAUCACUUUACACUGGUGUUAAGUGUUAAAAAUAUAUUUAAUCAUGGGAAGGAGGUAAUGUAACCAUUCAAAUUCAUAGACAGAGAUGGAUGCAAGACACAGUCCAUGAGAUUAGCAUGAAGGUUAAACAUUUUGAGGCUAUACAUUGUUUGUUAACAAAUACUAAAAUUACAACAAAAACAAACAAUGGAGUAAUACAGCCUUAGAUUGAGGGUUAAUAUCUAUAAUAUGUGGUUUCAGAUUGGUUUGCUAUUGAACUGAGUCACAAAGACCAUAUAGUCAUCCAGGAACUCUCUACUCUGACUGCAGAGCCCACAGAGGAGUUCCAUACACACUUUGUCAUUCUUGAAAUAUAUCAAUACUUGUUCACGAUCUGAAUGAGACAAAAAUUGAAGGAUUGAAAAAACUAAGUCAUAGUGGUCACUCUUGCAACCUGAGAAAACGUCCUUGUUCAGAGUUUACGUUGUGUCAAUAAUUUAAGACAGUUUUCUUUACAAUGCACUACCAUGCUCUUUCCUCUGUCUCUACAGUAAAUUAAGAGCACAUCAAAAGCCACAAGAGGAUCCCAUCAACGACUAUUAAAUUAUGCCUCGAUAACGAUUAUUGGGAUGAAAGUUCAGUCAUUAUAGCUUCUACAACUUCAGACUUGCACGAUGAGACGACACAGUUGCAAAACGAGACAGUUCCUGAACAUGACGCUCAAGACAAAACAAAAUCACAAAAAAACGUAUUUUAGAUCGAACAAUACUAGAUGCCAAUAGAAACCAGUAAAGAUUCCAUGAUAGCAGACUGCUUGAAAGCAAUCCAUAUAAUGCAUUUAGGGGAUAGGCUGGGAGAGUUGGCCUUUAUAACUUUCACAUCACAGUUCUGGCAAUUCUUUGAUUCGGAGUCAUUGCAUUGGUACAAAGGGAAAUUUAACUUGAAUAAACCAUUUUGCUGAUAUGCAAAUCAAGCUAAUUUACUUAACAAAGGCUUUCCCUUGUCGGCACAUUCUGCAUUUCGAUAUAAACCUCAGCAGUGCUGCUGGUGAGUGGGAGGUGAGCAAUAACAAUAACAAAAUGGGGAAGGUAAGGAGGAGUCUUUAGAUUACGUAGAUAAUAUCAUAGAAUACAUUUAAAACUUGUUUGAGAAACUUUGCUCGACAGAAAAAGUGCUUAUACUUUUAGUUAUAUAUUUAUCUGCCUUGAUUUGACUACUAAAAUCAGAAGUAAAAUUGGACUUUGAUUCGAUUUUUUGUCACUUCUGUAACUUCAAGCAGCAUUGUAUGUAUUGCAGCUUGGCAGCGGAGCAAACAUUACAGCCACAUAUUGGAAGAAGUACUGUAUAAAAAGUAUGGCUUGUAUCUUACCAGGCUUUUCUGUCUCUCCCUCUUCCAGAUUGUAUUCUUUGAGGAUAAGAAUUUCCAAGGUCGUAGUUAUGAAUGCAGCAGUGACUGCCCAGACCUGCACUCCUACUUCAGCCGCUGUAACUCCAUCAGGGUGGAGAGCGGCUGCUGGGUUCUGUACGAGCGCCCCAACUACGCAGGCUACCAGUACAUCCUGACCCCUGGGGAGUACCCUGACCACCAGCAGUGGAUGGGCUUCAACGACAGCAUCAGAUCCUGUCGCUCUAUCAAAAACGUAAGCCUACCUACCAAUAGUCCCAACUGUAAGCCUAGUUUGAAGAUGCCACUGACGAAUCUGACGUUUAUUUGUGUCAGUAGAUAGAUACUGACAACUUGAGGCACAAAGUUCAUAAUCAGUGCUCAGGAAACAGUUUAUUGAUUUGCAAUACUUCUAGCUUUUUUUUUUUUUUUUUUGACAGAUCUUUUCUCGAUCUUAAAUGUAUAGAUUUUACAUCAGACAGACAUCACUAACUUCUUAUUUAUUUUAUGCUUGUAUAUUUUGGUUUUGGCAAUUAGAAUGAUAAAAUGGUGUCUGACCAGAUUUGGAUGCAGGGCAAUGCCCAGCUUGAAUGGAAUGCCCCAGGGUGCACCAACCAGGCAAUGAUCAGUCAAAAGCCAACAGACAAUAAGGAGAGAUAAAAGGCUCAUGUUUUGGCAGCAGUUUGCCUCACGUCCAGGCCCAUCCACAUCAGUUGUUGAAGGAAACCAGGCCAACAGCCAAUAAAACAAUUUAAAGAGGCAUCCCAAAUAUCAUACAGAUGAAUGGCAAUUCAAAUAAUUAACAUGAUUACUUUGAUAUGAUUAAUUAAGGAUACUGGCAUUUAUGUAUUUAUUUUGCAGGUCUAUGGAAAUUCCUAUAAGAUCAGAUGCUAUGACAGGCCAGAUUUCGCUGGCCAUAUGGCAGAGUGGAGUGAGGACUGCCCAUCGGUCCACGAAGCGUUCAAGUUCCGGGAGUUCCACUCUGCUGUGGUGAUGGACGGUGCCUGGGCCUUCUACGAACUGCCGAACUACAGGGGGCGCCAGUACUUCCUGGAGCGCAAAGAGUACCGUAACUUCACGGACUGGGGCGCCACCUCCCCUGUCGUGGGCUCCUUCCGCAGGAUCACAGAGUUCUAG